AACUUCGUACAUAUUCACGCACUGCUUUGCUCCUUUCCAAGAUGGCAGGCCUGUCCGAACAGAACAAUCAACUCAGGCUCGCAAUCACAAAGACGUCAAAAACAACCCUCGAGAAUGUCCUCCAGGCGCUCUGCAACGAAAACUUGGCAGUCCGAGAAUAUGUGACUGGGAAGUUGCUCAUAGCCGAGGACCGAGUCGCGGUACCGCCUCUUGAGCAACUCUAUAGCGAUGCCCCAGAUAGUGAUGGUUCAGAUAGCGAUGAAUCAGACAGCCAUGGUUCGAACAGCGAUGGUCCAGAAAAAUCCGAAGACCAGGGAAAUAGGAAAAGAAAGGCUGAGUCCGAGCCUGACACCACCGGCUCCAAAAAACUUAGAACGCGCUAUGCCAUGUGUUUGAAAUGUGACAAGGAGUUCGACGUGACCACCAACAGCCGCAGGAGCUGUCGCUUCCACCCAGAUAAGCCCCAUACCGUGUACCAUUAUGAGCGAAUGAUGCUAAUUCAAGUCCAGAGUACUGCGAGCCGGAUGAAGAGGAAUUUCCAGACCAUGACGAGGAAUGCCACGGUCCACUUGAUCAGGAAUGGAUACGUGCAAAAUGGCCAGAACGUUUUAUAUUUCCAUACUGCAACAGAAAUCUCACGCAGAAGGGCUGUCUUGUGGGUUGGCAUGAAGAGGUUUCUAUUUGCAACAGUUUAA